UCCAGGUUGCUUGCAUGUCUAGAUAAAAUAUAUGACAGUGGUAAAUAUUUAUAACGCCAGGGUUUGGGUGGAGCAUAUAUAAUUGUGUUGCCCGUAUGCAAUCCUCAUUGCAGGGUGCUAAAGUAAACAUCUAUAUGAAAGGGUUUAGCCAGGUCACAAAUCUACCGUAUGCAGAUAACUAACAGAGGUUUAGUAAAGGCUUUCAUCACACAACACAACAGCAAUUACCGGAAAAAGAUGAAGCUUAUUUUCUGGAUAGUGUGCCUGCUGGGAACCUUUUUAUAUGGGGGGUCAUGUUUAAAGGUGCAAUAUAAUGGGGAUCAAGUGCUUCAAAUCAUCCCACAGACAGCAAAGCAUGCUGAGUAUCUGCAAGAAUUAGCCAAUAACUGGCCGCUGGAUUUGUGGAGGCCAAACAUCCCUGAAGGAAUACAGGCUGGAAGAGAGGUUCAUAUCCAUAUUCCAUCUUCUCAUGUUAAUGAAAUGAAAAAUGUACUUCUCCAAUAUGACAUCCCAUACAGUGUACUAAUUGAGGAUGUACAACAAAGCAUAGACAUGAACAUGGUCCAUAAUAAAAAUAUGAAGGCUGUGUCUUUGAACACUUAUGACUAUACACAGUAUCACCCAAUGCAUGAGAUCUAUGACUGGAUGGAACAGAUUAAAGAGAACCACAAUGACUUGGUAACUAAACUGUAUUUAGGAGAAACCUAUGAAAAGCGACCAAUAUACUAUUUUAGGGUUGGAUGGCCAUCUGAAAAGAAGAAAAAAAUCAUGUUUAUUGAUUGUGGAUUUCAUGCAAGAGAAUGGGUCUCUGUAGCUUUCUGUCAGUGGUUCGUAAAAGAGCUUGUUUCAUCUCACAAAUCUGAUGCUAUUCUUGCCAAAGUCCUAAAAGAAGUUGAUUUCUACAUUGUGCCUGUGUUUAACAUUGAUGGAUAUAUUUACACGUGGACAACGGAACGUCUUUGGAGAAAAAAUCGUGCGCCUUUCAAUAAUGGAACAUGCUAUGGAGUGGACCUAAACCGCAAUUUUGAUGCCCAGUGGUGCACUAUUGGUGCUUCAAAAAACUGUAGCAGCAAUACCUUUUGUGGGCCAUCGGCAGCCUCAGAACCUGAAACAAAAGCAUUGGCAGGUCUUAUAGAACGCAUCAAAUCUGAUAUUUUGUUUUACCUUACCAUACAUUCUUAUGGCAAAAUGAUCCUUCUACCGUAUGGCUACAAAGAUGAGGUUUCCAAAGACCAUGAUUUGAUGAUGAAAGUUGCAACAAAAGCUAAUGAACAAAUGAAGGUAAAAAACAAUAAUGAAUAUGCAGCUGGAGCUUCAGCGUCUGUAAUUGGCUACUAUGAUUCUGGUUCAUCCGGUGAUUGGGCAACUGAUAUUGGAAUCAAAUUUUCAUAUACCUUUGAACUAAGAGACAAUGGUACCCAUGGAUUCCAACUUCCACAGGAUCAAAUUAAACCUACAUGUGAAGAAGUCACCACUGCCAUAUUGUCAAUGGUUGAAUAUGUUCAUGACAACUAUCUUGAAAACAGUGGUGUAGCUUUGACUGCUGUCUGGAUCAAUAUGUUUAUUUCAGUCAUUUGCUUAUACUAUACAAUAAAUCUUUAAAUGCCUUAGGCGUAGUACACACUACUCACUCAAUCACUUCUCAGAAAUGGAGUGCCUUUAUGCAGGGUGAGGCGUCACUGAUGCCUAUCCUGGUUGCAACUAACCGUGAGAAUUGAACACUGGGCAUCUGCUCAAUGAAUCUCAAAUGUCACCUGGAUAAACAUGAAUGUGUUCAGCAAAUUUACAACAACUAGUGUGUACUGGUGCCUGCAAAUACAGAAUUAAUUACCAAUGUAUACCCCAAACCACUAAAGGUCUGAGUCUAGCAUGCAUUGAAUGUGAUUCAUUGAAAUCAUUAUCAAUGUGUCUAAUUAUUUAGUGAUGCCUAAAUGAAACAUUAAAUUGUGACUUAAAUUCAUGAUAUACCUGUGAAAAAAAAUACACUGAGCUAUUGUUUAACAUUUUUAUAAUAAAUUAUACAUUUCAGUUCUACUCUGCUACAUCAUCUGGGAAUGUAAUGUAGAAAACAAUC